AUGGCUACCACAGAACUGGUCAAGUACGUGCUCGAGCAUGCAACUCGCACCAACAACCUCAAACUCCUCCUCGCCUUCUCCACCUUCUUCCUUUACAAGUACCGCUCCCACGCCAUCGGAAACCGGCGUCGUGCUGACCUCAAAGCUCCAAAGGGUGCUGUCCCUUUCCUGGGACACUUGCCCCUUAUCACCAGCAUCCCCGGAACAGAGGUGUAUGCCUUUUUUGAGAAGAACCACAACGAACUGGGCCCUGUUUGGUCUUUGUCACUGCCCGUUAUCGGACGUAUGGUCUUUGGUAACUCUCCUGAACUGGUCGAGCAUGUGUUGAAGAACAACUUUUGGGCUUAUGAGAAGGGGCCUAUCGUCAGGAAUUGUUUUGGCGACCUCUUUGGCAAAGGUAUCUUCACCUCUGACGGAUUUGACUGGAAGUGGCAACGCAAAAUGGCCUCUCACAUCUUCAACGUCCGCGCUUUCCGCGAGUACACCAACGACAUCUUUGUCAUCGAGGCCCAAAAGAUGCUCGCCUACCUUGGCAAAGCUGCCGACGAGGGCACUCCCAUCGACUUCCAUGCCCUAAUGCUCCAUUUUACUCUCGACAGCUUCGGAUCUGUCUCGUUUGGAGAGAGUUUUGGUUGUAUGGACGAUAUCGAGCGAAAGGUCGACUUUGCAGUCGCCUUUGACGACCUGGCUACCAUCACCUCCGACCGUCUGAUGGAUCCCAUGUGGAAGAUCCGCGAGCGCUUGACCAGUGUUGGCAAGAAGGUCGCCGGCGAUCGCAACCUCGUCCGCGACCACGCCUUCCGCAUCAUCGAGAAGCGUCGUGCAGAGGGAUACCACAAGCCUAAGAAGGAUCUUUUGCAGCUGUUUAUGGAGGCCAGGGACGAUGAGGGUGAUGCCCUAACGGAUGACUAUCUGGUGGAUAUCAUCUUGAACUUUAUCAUUGCGGGCAGGGAUACUACUGCUCAGGCAUUGUCGUGGAUGUUUUAUUUGAUUAACCGAGAUGGCACGGACAAGGAAGUCAUGAAAACGUUGAUUCAAGAGGUGGAUGAUGUCCUUGGAGGCAAGUUGCCUACCUAUGAGUCUCACAAGCAGCAGAAGUACGCCGAUGCCUGCUUCCAUGAAGCACUCCGCAUUUUCCCAGUUGUCCCCCGUAAUUCAAAACUCUGCGUUCAAGACGAUAUCCUCCCCGACGGCACAAAGAUCUAUGCCGGAGAAUGGUUCACCUGGUCCUCCUACGUCAUGGGCCGCUCCGAAGCCAUCUGGGGUCCCGACGCCCGCGAAUAUAAACCCUCCCGCUGGCUCCAAGGCGAGAAAUUCUCACAGGGCAAAUUUAAUUCUUUCCAUGCUGGUCCUCGUGUUUGUCUGGGGAUGAACUUUGCGAUCUUGGAGGGUCUGACGGUGGUUGGGGCGAUUCUGCAAAAGUUUGAGUUGUCAUUGGUGGAUAGUGGCAAGUUGCCGCAGUACGGUGUGUCGGUCACGAUGCCCAUGAUGGACGGGUUGCCCAUGAUGGUUACCAGGCGUAAGGCUGGUGUUGCCAUUUAA